UUCUAUCUCUCUCUGAUUCCUGAAAGAAAACUGAGGGUCUUGGGCGGUGAUUUCGUUCAAAGAUGUCCGAGCAAAUUUACCUUUCGAAUCUUGCUCGAGGUAGGACGGUUAAGUACAUUCGGGUGAAGAUUCUGAGUCUUUGGAGGGUUCGCCUCUACGGAUUUAGGUGUAAAACAGAAAUGCUUCUUGCCGACGAGCAGGGGACAAAAAUUGAGGGUACAAUCGGUUGUGGUCCUUUCCAUAACGUUGAUAUGAGGGAGUUAAGGGAAGAUGCGUGGUAUACUAUUUCUGACUUUGUUGUUUCUGUUCCGAUCCGGAGGACCCCGAACACACUUCACCCUUUCCAUAUCAAGUUCCACAUGAUAUGUGUUCUUUUUGUGAGUUUGCUAGAUUUAUGUGGAGUAGUGGUCUAUGUGUCCGAAAUCAAAAGGAUGACUUAUGUUCCCGGAGAGUAUGAUGCAAGUACUGCAUGCAAUUAUCUAUAUUUCCGUCUCAUGGAUCAGAAAGGUAGGGAGAUGCCAUGUUUUGCGCUUGGUCAUUAUGCUGCUGAUUUUAUGAAUGUGUGGACAAGCCGAGGCUACCAGGCUUCAUUCCGUUAUCAACCUGUUUUCUGUGUGUUGCGUUUCUGGAAAGUCGAUGAGUUCAUGGGUGAACCUUCUAUCUCCACCAGAAUUGGUUGUUCUAAGAUAUAUCUUGAGCCAACAUUAUCGGAGAUCAAGGACUUGAGGAUGAUGUCUGUUUUUAUAGCUAGGGUAACAUGGGCUAUUGAAGAAGAUGAGGAUUGUGAUGACGCCGUUGUUUCCUUCUCCAUGGCUUACUUCCAUGAUGUUUCGAUUUUGCGCCCUUGUAUUACGGGUUGGCACAUACGAGUGAAGGUUCUGCGCAUGAUUAAUGUUUGCAUAAAUCCUAGGAAUGCUCUCCGUUUGGUUCUGGUGGAUGAUAAGGGUUUUAAGAUCGAUUGUUGGAUUAAUGGUGAAUAUGCGAAACAUUAUGCUGGGUUUUUGAAAGAAGAUCGAUGGUUUUCUUUUACGGAGUUUCGUGUUCUUGAGAACUCUGAUAGAGUCAGGCUUACCAAUCAUCCUUUCAGAAUGUCUAUCUUUGGAACGACUGUCGUUCUUCCCGCCGAUCCACCGUCGGUUGAACCCCGUGACUCCUUUACUCCGUUUAGUUCGAUAAUUGACGGAACGGUUGACGAGAGUGUCUUGAUUGAUUUGAUCGGGGUUUUGUCUGAUGUUGGUGAAUUGGUGAAUGUCGGGACAAAUCCAUCAGAUCUCACUGGCUUCAGACUGAGCUUUCGGAUUCGUGGGCCUUGCGGGAAUGCUAUCGAUGGUUUGGUGUCUGGACGCUCAGCGGUGGAGUUCCGAAAGCACUAUGACUUGUGUGUUUCGAAGCCUUUGGUCUGUAUUAUGCGUCUGUGGAAGGUAGACAGAUAUUUCGAUGGACCAAAGAAUGUUAGGAUUGUUAACAAGGGGCUGAUUUCUAAGGUUUUGCCAUAUCCUGAUGUUCCUGAGGCUGCUGAAUUUUGCACUAUGUCGGUCCUCAUGUGUUGGUGUGACAAGUGAUUCGAACUAGGACAUUAACGGUGGAUGUGUAGUGUGAUUCGUCUGGACGUUGCCUGUGUGACUCUUUUGUGUAUAUCGGAAAUGUUAACUGUUUGUUUUUGGUUUUGUACUCCGAUCAUCUUGGUUUGUAUGAAUAUGAACCCAGGAUAAUGUUCUCCUUUAUGCGGAGCUUUUAGACCGGUUCCCCAUCGUUUUAAGAUUGUAUGGAAUUCAGGCACAACGAUUAAGGACAUUCGACCAUUGUGUUCCGGUGAUUUCUUUUCGUUUGUCGCUUUCGAGGAUAUCAAAAGUGGUUCUUUGGACCCUACUUUAUGUGUUGGUAAUAUCAAAUUUUCUUAUUGUUAAUGUGUUUAGUGUAAUUGAUAAUAUUUUAUCAUGUGUUGAUGUAGGAGAUUGUUUUGCUUUUUGUUUUAAUAUUAUCGUGUGCAAUUUUAUAUGUA